AUGCCGGAACGCGCUCCUGCACGUCUGGCUGCAUCUGUGCAGCUGAGCGAAACUUCCCUCGCGGACCACGCAGUCCCCCACCCCAACAAUCCAGGCACAGAGCCGUGGCUUGCCGCAACAGAUGCGCGCACGCCUCUCGACAACGCAGCGGCCUCAAACGGCCUUAACGGCACCGCCGCCAAGCUCUACACCUCCUCAUCGAUUUUGCCUGCGAAGCCUGUGGACGGCGAGUGGGGCUCCAUACUUUCUAUCUUGGCCGACAAUGGCAGCAUGACGGAGGACAAGAUGCUUGUGUUCCCCUCCACUGGCUCCAGCUCUACGUUUCCCCGGAUCGGCGUCCAAUAUGAUCCCAUUCGGCUCAACCCGAUCCAAGCUCUGAUCACCGAUCAGCGGCCCGCUCUUGCCCUCAUCUCAACCCACGCAUCCAAUCGUCGUCGUCGUCUUCGUCGUCGUUCCUGGUCACUCGUCCUUGCCCACAUUGCGUUGAAAACAGCUUGCACAUGA